GUUGCGAAACAGAAGAAAUGAAGCUGUAGUAUAUUAUUAUCAGAAGUCGCUCGAGGUCCGUUCAAUGCCUGAAUUAAUGCCUUUCGUCUUCAAAACCUCUGAUGGAUCCCUACGAUGAAGAGAGGUUGAGAAACGAAGUCAUUUACCUUCACAGUCUCUGGCAUCAAGGUCCUCCAACGCCUCCAAACCCUCGUCCUUUUCACAUUCCGUGUAAUCCUCCAACCCAUUCUUCGAUUCAUCAAUACAAAGUUAACCUUAACCCUAGACCCCCUCACCCUUUUGUUCCUAAUCAACCUAGACCUCUCCCACCCGUAAACUCAAGCACUUUCAAGAACAAGAACAAGAAGAAGAAGCCCAUACAUAAGAGGGACAGCAAGAAACGGACUCAACCCGACCCACAUUUAAAGUUGGAUCCCAAGUGGUCAAUGCCGACUCAAGAUUCUGCUCCGGUGAUCUCGGGAUGGCCGCCAUUGGAGCCCCGUCCGACUCAAGCGGCCCGUCCAUUGUCAACGGAAGAAAGGGAGAGACUGGAGGCAUUGCAGGUGCAGUAUAAGGCGCGUCAAGCUUGCCGAGAGUUUUUGUUCGGUUCUGAUGACAGUGAUGACGCUGAAGAUGAGGAGGAGGAUAUGGACGAUGAUGAUGAGGCCAAGGAGAUAAAGGAAUUCUUUUCGACACUAUUCGGAGAAAAUAAUGAGUUAAGGAGUUAUUACGAGAAAUGCUGGGAAAGUGGGGAAUUUCGUUGUCUGGUUUGCGGUGUGGCCGAUAACAAGAAUGCUGGAAAGAGAUUCCAUGAUUGUGUUGGUCUUGUGCAGCAUUCAAUGUCAAUUUCGAGGACGAAGAAUAAAAGGGCUCAUAGAACUUUUGGAAAUACUGUGUGUAAUGUUCUGGGUUGGGAUAUUAACAGGCUUCCAACCAUCAUCAUCAAGAAUGAGGUGAAGCCGGCUGAGGCAGAGGACAAGACAAAUGAGAAUGCUGCUGAUGGAAAAGAUGGUUCUUUAUCUUCUCAUAUAUUAGACAGUGAAGUAUCCGUGGAGCAGCUUGGUGAACCAGUUAAACAGGACGUUGGAGUUGUUCAUGAGGCUAUUAAAAGAGUUAAUGAGUUGUUAGUGCCUACACAAGCUUCUGCUCCAGUGGUCUCAGAAUGGCCGCCAUUGGAGCUUUGCCCAACUCAGGUGGCACGUCCAUUGUCAGCGGAAGAAAAGGAUAUACUUGCGACGUUGCAAGUGCAGUAUAAGGCACGUCAAGCUUGUCGAGACUUUUUGUUUGGUUCUGAUGACAGCGAUGAUGGUGAUAACAACAAUAUUGAUGGUGAUGAGGAUGAUAUGGAUGAUGAUGAUGAGGCGGAGGAGAUAGGGGAGUUCUUUAAAAAACUAUUUGGAGAAAAUAAUGAACUGAGGAAUUAUUACAAGAAAUGCUGGGAAAGUGGAGAAUUUCGUUGUUUGGUUUGUGGUGUUGCCGAUAACAAGAAUGCUGGAAAGAGAUUCCGUGAUUGUGUUGGUCUUGUGCAGCAUUCAAUGUUGAUUUCGAGGACGAAGAAUAAAAGAGCUCAUAGAGUUUUUGGAAAUGCUGUGUGUAAUGUUCUGGGUUGGGAUAUCAAUAGGCUUCCAACCAUUGUGAUCAAGGACAAGGUGAAGCCAGCUGAGGCAGAGGUAGUUAACCUUCUGGAGUUCAAUGGAAAGACAAAUGAGAAUGCUGGUGAUGGAAAAGAUGGUUCUUCUUCUGAUAAACAAGACGAUAAAGUAUCCACGGAGCAGCUUGGUGAACCAGUUAGGCAGGACGUUAAAGUUGUUCAUGAGACUGUUAAACAAGUUAGUGAGGGUAAGCCUGAUAAGUCUGCUGAUGCUCAAGUGAAUAGAGCUUCUGAUUAGAAUUGUAAGGAGGAUCGUGAUGUUCAUCGCGCGAGUUCUGAUUUGCAUUGAGAAUUCAAAUAGGAAGCUGAUGUUUAUAUAGAAGAUAGGGAAUUCCCUUAUUUCCAACUUACCAAGGGAUAAUUUUGUACAUUCCCCUGUCUGAUGCCAUUAGUUGGGUAGUUAGUACUUUGGUCUCUUGCUUGUGUUCGUAGCUCUUCCAGCAAGAACUUUCAUGCGUGGAAUGUGAAUAUCUCGACUAAGCUAACAUAUUAGAAGCGACAAUUUCGUGAA